GAGACACACACACACACACACACACACACAGAGAGAGAGAGCCCCAUUGGAGCGAGCAAACAACGCCUCACUUCACUCAAUAAAGCUGCAGCAGGAUGGCAUGGUUUCUCCUGCUCCUUCUCAAUGUGUGCUGCACUGGAGGCAGCACUGAUGUGAACAUAGAGGACAGAGACUGGGACUGGGGUUCCGGCCUGCAUGAGCUACUCCACAGCUUCCCUGCUCACAGUCCCUUUGUCACAGAGACACCUGGACAUGUUGUAAACUGCAGUCAGCGCUUCUGGCUUCCACCGUCCACUCCUGUGUGCUGGGAAGACAUAGCAGGGCCAGAGGAGUUCAAGGAGACGCGUCUGCUGGUGCUGCAGAAUCGAGCAGCACUCCAUGCUGUGGCUGAGGCCAGUGGUCUGGAGGAGGGAGGAGUCUCUUAUGAGCAGCAGGCCAUGAUGGAUGUCCAAGGGGUUCGGGAAGAUCACCUGAGCAUUUCUCAGACUGUAGAAUCCAUGCAGAAGGUUUUUCUUGACCUGGAUGAGAAGAGGAAGGAGGGUGGAGAACAUGAUACCUUUGCAAGUUUAAAGGAGCAGAUUGCAAACACCAUGAACUCCAUUAAUGGCAGAGAAGAAAUGGCAGCUCUUCUGGAGCAGCGUCUCUCUAAACUCGAGAGGACAUUGAUCACCAUACAACAUCGACUAACCCAACUACUGAACCAGUAAAUGAUGUUGCAGCAGUUUUACACUGCAGUGCAUGCCUGUGAGGAAGCAGGAUUUUACACCUAAAGCAUGACUCUCACUAUUGUAUUAUACCUCUGUUUCAAUGUUAGGAGUAGGUGAUAUGAAGUUGUAUUGAUGUCAUUAGAGCUUACUUUAAGAUACCUUUCAGAGAGGAUUAGAAGUACUUCCAUAUUUUUAUGUCGGUUUUUUUUUUAAUUUUUUUUUUACACCAGCUGCUUGAUAGCUGUAUUUGUAUAUUUUAUAAAUAAACAUAAAAAUCACCAAAUUGCUUUUGUAAGCUU